AACUUAAAGCUUGAGCGAGAUCGAUUUCGAACCGUAGCGGCGGCGUUGUAUCUUAUCAUUACAUUAUUAUUAUUAGAAAGCCAUAUCAUCCAGUUACGCAACGCAUUAGGCGAUGUAAGUAAUGCGUUUAUUACUCAGGCCGAUAGUUAUAGCUAGGAAGGCGCUGCAGGCGAACAGAAGCGUGCAGUUAAAGCAUCCAUUUACAACAGCGUUAGUUUGGAGAGCCAUGGAAGAUAAAGAGUCUUUGAAGAAAAGAUUGACGCCUCUACAGUAUCAUGUUACUCAGGAAGCUGGAACUGAAAGACCGUAUACAGGAUGUUAUAACAAAUUCUAUGAAGAGGGCAUGUACUGUUGUGUAGUUUGUAGACAAGAUCUAUUUACAUCUAAGACAAAGUAUGACUCAGGAUGUGGUUGGCCCGCAUUCAAUGAUGUUCUCUCCAAAGAAAAAGUUACCCUACACCAGGACACGAGCGCAGUUGGAGCAAAUAUAUUACUGGUUUUAACACGGCCAGGUUUGGUGCGAACUGAGGUGCGAUGCUCCAAGUGCUCCGCUCACCUGGGACACGUGUUCGAUGACGGGCCAGCGCCCACACGAAAACGUUUUUGCAUUAAUUCUGCCUCCUUGGACUUCAUACCUGCUGAAGAAAGGAAAGACUAACGUGUCCCCGUGUGAAUUACCAUCAAAUAAUAAACUUUGCUUGAUUUUCUACAUUCAAUACAAUAACAUUUAUAAUGCUAUUGAGCAUAAUCAAUGAUUAGAUUGAAAGCCUUAUUGUAGACUUAAGUACAUAAAUGCUUUGAUCAAAUUAUUUGGCAGAAAACCAUAUUAAUAAUAGGCAAUUAAAACCCUAUCUUCCAGGAUAUUUUAUAUUCGAUCGCAGAAACGUAUAAUGUAUUUUUGUACAAAGUGCCACUAAAAACCAUGUGCCUAAUCAAGGUUCUCAACAGACAAUUUGUCUAUAUUUUUGUAAAGCAAAUCUACCAAUUGUUAACGCUUCUAUAAGGCAGCUUUUAAUUUGAAGCAGAAGUCAAUAAUUUAGUUACCAUAUCAAGUCAUUGUUUUAAUUUUAUAGCUACUCCUUCGAAUAAUCUCCUACCUACAUAAUAACCAUGAGUUGAAGAUAUGUCCAAUGGCUUGUAAAACAUGACUAUCAAGACUGUGGGGGGUUAUUUAUGGAUUAUGGAUCGAGUGAAUCGAUUUGUUAUUAAUUUAUUAUUUAUCUGGAUAAUACAUGUAGAACUACUAUGGAAUAGAGUACAAAUCUUUGUUCACAGUAAUUGCUGCUUAUUUUUUAGAUGCAUAGAUAUUAUUUUUUAUUAAUACAAUAAAGGUUUUUUUGUAAUUAC